AUGGCUGGUGUCGGAGAAGGAAAAAACAAGAAAGGAGACAAUGGGAUUGGAAAUGCCAUUGACUUUGUCCUCUCAAAUGCCAGGCUGGUGCUAGGGGUUGGGGGAGCAGCUAUGUUGGGCAUUGCAACAUUGGCUGUUAAGAGGAUGUAUGACCGGGCAAUCAGUGCCCCAAGUAGCCCCAGCAAAAUGGAUAUGAGAUCGGGGAAGCAAAGCUGGGAAGAGCCCAGCUGGAUUGGGUCAUCUCCGCGUUUAUUGACUAGAGAUAUGAAAAUGAAUGUUAGCAGAUCGCUUCAGACCCUGCCAACUGAUAGCUCGAGCUUUGAUGCAGGUACUUCCAAAGGUGCUGCUUCUAGCAAGAAAACCCAAAUGGAUUUGAAGAAAGCUCGACUCCGCUUGUCCAUGCAGGAUAAGCUGCUCGUGUAUUAUCGUAAGCAUGUUGUCAUCCCAAGUGCGGAAAUGAGCCGAGCCAAGCAGGCUGCCAUGGACAUUUGCACAGAACUUCGGAAUUUCAUCCACGCCAAAUUUCCUGAUAUGCCUCUCCGGGAUAUGUAUCUUAGUGGCAGCCUGUAUGAUGAUCUACAGGUGAUCACUGCAGAUCAUGUUCAGUUGAUGGUUCCACUGAUCCUGGAAAAGAACCUCUGGGCUGCAAUCCCAGGGGAGGAGACCAUAAUGAAUGUCCCUGGAUUCUGGCUGAUCCGCAGGGAAAAUAUGGAAUAUUUCCCCCGUGGCAGCAGUUACUGGGAUCGCUGCAUCGUUGGUGGUUACCUCUCACCUAAAGUUGUAAACGAGACGUUUGACAGAGCAUUAUCAGGGACAAUCAACUGGCCAGCUAUAGGCGGUGUCCUGGACCUUGUCAUUCGACCGGUGGUCCCUUCCGAAAUGCUGACCUUAGAGGUUCAGUAUGACACCAGUAAAAAAUUAUUUAUUGAAUUCUUGCCGCUGAUCGUGAUGGAGGAGAACAUGCUGAUCGCGAAACCGCACCGGGAUGGACGGUAUGAAAACAUGUGGCGGCAAAGCUUCCGAACUGCUGAGACCGUAAAGUUGCGAGCUCUGGACGAGAUGGAUGGAGGUUGUCGCUGCUGCUGCCUGAAGAUACUGAAAGCCAUCUGCAAGUCCAGCCCUGUUCUCAACAAGUUGACAGCCAGUCAGCUGACAAACACCAUCCUCCAUGGUUGUGCAAAGGAAUCAGACUGGUCACCAGAUCUUCUGUCAGAUAAAUUCCUGAUGAUUCUCAAAGAGCUGAUAAGCUACUUGGAGCAGGGUUUCUUGCCAUGCAGUUUAGAUACCAAAGUCAACCUAUUUUUGGAACUUAAAGAAGAGGAAAUUGAUGAGUUGGGAUACAUGUUGUACUGUUCCCUAUCUGAACCAGAGACGUUGUUAAAUACAUGAAUUAGUUUCAUAGUAGACACAUGAAUAGGUUCAUAAUUUGAUAUUUAUCGAGGUUCAGCAAAUUACUGAGUUCGAGUGCUGUUAACCAUUUAAUAACCCUGUUGGCCAGGUGACUCUUCAUUUUGACUUUCCUAAACUUGUAAUCGUGAUCCAAAAUAGCAUGAAAGGGGAAGUAAUGAUCUUGUGGAAAGGACUUCAAAUGUUGUUUACUACUUUAAAACAAAAGGCAAUUAGGCUUAAGCUGAUUGGGUUCAUUAAAAGGACAAAAUACCAAUGUGAAAUGAAUGUUCACAUUUCCCAUAAUACUGAAAAUGUAAAGAUUUAAAAUAAAUAUCACUUUGAAAGCCUUGAGCAAAAUCUUCAAAAUUGUAGCCGUCAAUAAAGCCAAUUUGACUGAGUUCCGGUAAUAUUUUCUACUGGUUCUGUUUUUGAAAACCUAUAAACGUCUAGAAUUAUUACUGAGGAAAUGUAGACAGAGAAAUCAACAGGGACUGCAUUUUAAAAGUGCAAAUUAAGAGCUUCUGAAACAAAUGCGGUUGACCUGAUGCUCACAUGAGCAGUUUUACCUUCCACUUGAUUUGAAUGAACAUCCCUUUCACUACUGCAGCUCCCUCAAAGUAUGCAACUUACAAGAGUUGAGUCAUUCCUUCAAACAUACUUCCCUGUAGAGUUACCAACUCAUUGAAGUAAAUAUCGACUAUUACCUGCUGGAAAAUUGGCAUUUCUGAGCCAAAUUUGCCUCUUGAAGCAAAAGUGCCAAUGAUUAAGAUUUGCUUUGGGUAUAGAUCCCAACUUAAAACUAAUACACAAAGUAUAAAACUGUGCAAAGCAUAAAUAAUGGGCACAGACCAGUGUGCACAAAUGGCCUGUCACUUUGCUGUAAAUUUUGUGUAAAAUGACAAGUUCAAUGAUUUGUGAAGGAAAAAAUUUAUUUUGUUAGAUUUUGUUGUUCAUUACCAAGCUAAGUGGUUUUGCAGACUUUUCUGUCUGGACUACUGUCACAACCCAUCCUUUAAUGAUUUUUACAUCUAGCUACAUUGGUACGCUUCAACUCGAAAUGUUCACCCACUUUAAUCAACACACAUGAUUCUUGUGAGUAACCCAUCUAAACUUAUUUCUCUUGUUCAGAUGCUGCCAGGAUUGUUGGAUGCCUGUUUUAAUACAAAAAUUUCUGUCUAAGAAGAUAUCCAUUAGUGAGGUUAUGGUCAGCAUGGUGCUUUCCCAAAUGAACUAAAUUUGUGCCCAUACAUUGCGUCACUGCCAACUAUCUUUCUGCAGGGAUUUACCACAUCAGAUUCAACUUUUCCCAUACACAGAUAAGUGCUGCUAUGUCCCAGUAACUAAAGACAAACAUUUUUUUCAGCUCUAUCCUGUAGUUCUUAUGAUUUAUCUCAGGGUUCCAAAAUGCUUGAGUGUGAGUUCCUAUUCACAGUUAAAAGGGGUGAUUUUCAAAGAUACUGUGAAGCUCAUGUAUAAUGUAAAGUAUUUGGUUCUUUUUCCAGUUUUUCUUCGUGUUUUUAAUACGUUGCCUUUUCUGAUCUGCGCUUCUUGGUUCCUUAGUCUGAUUCUCAUAAAUCCCCAGGUUCAAGCUGGGGUUGAUGUUGAAUUAGCUAGCCUCAGUGAAAGUGGUAUUAAAUUAGCCUCUGUCCCAAAGGUGGGCUGGGUUGGGUAUUGAUCAACCAAGGUUUCCAGCUUUGUUCGCCCACCUGCUUACUCUCGCUGUCUCUCUGUCUGUCUAUUUUUUAUCUCUGUCUCUGUCUCUCUCUCUCACUGUGUCUGUCACAUCCCAACCCUAGGUGCACGUAUGGUGAGGAUAGACUCUGGACUCUUCUGUGAUGUCCCUUGUCAUCUCUCCAAAUGAUUAAACGUAUAUACAGCCUUGGUUGGACCAUAUUUGCAUUCCUGCCCUUACCUUCAGUCUACAAAUUACAAAAAGGAUGGAGAGGCUCUGGAGAAAGUGCAAGAAAAAUCUGUUCGCUGUAAUGAUACCUGAACUAAAGGUUGCUCCCAUCACAAAGGACUGAACAGACUGCCCCUCUCCAGAAGAGUGAAGAUUUGAGAGGUGAUCUAAUAGAGAUCUUUAACAUUGUGAAGGGGUUUGAUGGGUAGCUGUUAAAAAGUUGUUUCCACUUGUAGUUGAUUCCAAACUGCAAGAGAGUCACUCAGGAGAAACAUCUGUGCCCAUGGCAGUCAGAAUAUGGAACUUGGUGCCACAGUUAGUAGUUGAGGCAACUAGCAUAGCUGCAUUUAAGGGUUAAAGCCGUCUCAUUUGCAUUAUGCACUUGCAUUGAAAGAAAUCAAAGGUCAUGCUUAUAGGAUGAGAUUAAUUAGUUUGGAAGGAAGCUCACAUGGAGAGUAAACACUGGUAUAGAUCAUUCGUAUUGAAUAACUUGUUUGGAACUGGUACACUUUCACACUUUAACGAUUGUUUUUUUCCUAUGCUGUUUCUAACAAACACAUCAGGUGACUCUUUCCCCUUCUCUCCUUAAGUGCACUUCAAGGUCUUGUGGCAUCUAUUGCAGUGCUACCAUUGGUACCAAUGCCACCCUGCCAUACAACUUGUACAGCUGCUGUAUUAUGCUGGAUUAUUUUGUAUGUUUGCCAUUUCAGUCAUUAUUUUCUUAAGAACAGAAGUGUAUAGUGGAACAGCACGGUGGUUAGCACUGAUCCCUCACAUUGCCAGGGACUUGGCUUCAGUUACAGCCUUUGAAAGACUGUAUGGGGUUUGCAUGUUCUCCCCAUAUCUGUGUGGGUUUCUGCUAGGUGCUCCAGUUUCUUCCUACAGUCUGAAGAUGUGCAGGUUAGGUAGAUUGACCAUGGUAUAUUGUUCUGUAAUGUCCAGAGAUGUUCAGGAAAGGGGGGUUAGCUAUGGUAAAUGUGGGGUUAUGGGGAUGGGGGACUGGAUCUGUGUGGGAUGCUGUUGGAAGAGUUGGAGCAAACUCAAUGGGCCAAAUGGCCUCUUUCCAUACUGUAGGGAUUCUAUGAUUCUACAUCAACGGCGUUGUGAUUGACUGAAGUGGUGUUGGAGUUGAUCCCAUGAUCUUGGAACCUCUAAUGAAGAAGUUCCUGACUGGAAGAUGGCUGAAACCAAAUGGGGAGUCUGUCUGAUGCGCACCCGUUGGCUAGUCAGCAUUGAGAAGAGGCUGAUAUUCGAGAGGAAUUCAUGGAGGGUUGGCUGAGGGGGUGCAAGAAAGGAUAUGUCCCUAUGUAAGUGAAAACGUAUGCUUUUGUUUUUAAGAAAAUAAUGAUUGAACUGGCAAGCAAGCAUCAUAUAGCAACAGUACAAAUGUAAGCUGUAUGGAAGGGUGGCAUUGGUAGCACUACAAUGGGUGCCAUAAUCUCUGGAAGUGUAUCUAAGGAGAGAAAAGAGGAAAGAGUUACCUGCGAUUCCCAUUCUUGAUAGCUACUCUGUUCCCAUCUAGACACUCUGUGUAUGCUUUCAUUGGACAUGGUAGAAUUGGGUUGUGUGGUCAAAUAGCCCUUUAUCCAUCUGUGCAUACGAAGAAUGGCUAAGUACCUAAGGCAGCUGCAACUAUGAAAUCAGCUACAGCAUGCAUCUCAUCCUUGGAGAAGAAAAAUAGGUAGUGUUUAAAAGGUGCAAAAUGAUGUGAAGAUGUAUGACACUUUAAAGAUGAUUCCAUCUAUCUCUAGUUACAAAUAAUGAUCUUGUAGAUAUUUUCUUAUCAACCUGUUUAGAAAUGUAAGAUGGUGCUGGUGGGAUUUUUAACCUGGACCUCUUGGAUCUGAAGUAGGGACAUGACUACUAUGCCACAAGAGCUCUUUUUAAUAAUGAUGUUGUACAAGAUUAUGAUUAAUAUUCUGCACUGCUUGUAUAAUUGUUAUAUGAUAUGCACAUUGCCAGUAUAAUAUUUGCUUAAUGCAUUGUAAUCACAAUUGUUGUGACCCAUCUACCAUGGAUAGGUUUUGUCCCAGUUCAAACUUUAUAAUUUCGAUAAAUUUAUAAUUACAAGAAUCUCUGGUCAAAGAUGACUAUUGAAAAAAAAUGAAAUCCAUGAGGCUGCCUGGGUAGCUGUGGCCAACAGAAACUGAAAGAAGGAAAACUUAAAGGCAAAGAAAAGCUCUUUCAGCUAAUAUCAGCUAAUGAUAUUUAGCCAAUGAGUUAAACAGUCUAUGUAGAAUACUGAUUAAAAACACUGAUUUUUGUACUCUUUCUGCAUUUGAACCUAAAUAUGCUGCAUCUGUAAAAUUUCAGCAAGUGACCAACUAUUCCUGCUGACAGUAAUGGACUAUACUGAGCUAAUUGAUGAAGAAUAUUGCUUUUGUAACACUGAAAUAUUUGGCAUUCUCUCUUGUGCAGCACACACUAUUUUGUGCCACUGUAUUUAAAAUUCAUUCCAGUUCAUGAAGAACAAUUUGUUUUCUUAUUGGAAACCAACGAAAACAAAUUACUGGAGAAACUCUAGUCUGGCAGCAGCUGUGAAGAGAAAGCAGAGUUAACGUUUUUGGUUCAGCGACCUUUCUUCAGAACCUGCUGAGUUCUCUCCAGCAGUUUGUUUUUAUUUGUUUCAGAUCUCUAGCAUCAUAGUUUUUUGUUUUCUUUCCUUUUAGUUUGGGCAUUGGAGUGUAAUAAAUAAAAGGAUAUAUACAUAACAAAAGAGAUGUUAUUGUUUUUGAUGUGAUUUAAAUCGGAGCUGAUUAUAUUCAGGGAAUAGGAAGGGCCAUAUUGUAAGGCGAUCAGGUGGUUGUGUGCUUAGAUUUCUUUAUUUAGUCAUUGCAAUGUUAAUAAUAAACUAGUUAAAUUAUAAUAAAUUCCUCUUCAUAAAUUUGAACACAUUUUAUGUACACUGGUUUAAAACUUGCUGAUGUGAGCAUGACAUGAAACAUUGCCCCCUGUUUUUUGAGCCCAACGUUGUGUAAAUUUGACUGGCAUGGAAAACAUCAGAAAUAUUAGAUUGUUUGAUGUAUCAGAUUAUAUUUAGUUGUGGAUUAAGUUCUCUUUGUUGUUUGUGAAUACUCUAUUUUGCAUAGGUUUUUAAAACUUCACAUUGCAAUGCAACAAGUUCAAACAAUAUUGCUCAAACAUUCAAUUUAUAAUUCGAUAGUAGUCAGUGUUAACUCUGAGAAUCACCAUUAGUACAACAGCAGGGUAAUGAGAGUAUCUUGCAAAACACAGGAACACAGAAAUGUUAACUUUCCAGACAGAGCAGUAGAUCCUGGAGUGUCUCAUAAAAAACACUUCAGAAUUGGCUUCAACUAUGCAACAAGUAGUAGACAUUGUGAUUAUUGCAAAUUAUAACAAACCUGAACAGAUGGAUCAUUCAGCAGUGUCAGAAUCUCAUGGAAGUACAGUGGGUAUGUGGCGCUAGAUAAGAUCUGUCUCAGGAAUUACAGCUCAAAAUAACUUGCAUGUGUGGUGGUCUUUUGUUACCUCACAACAUCCCAAAAAGCUUAGCAGCCAGUGAACCACUUUCAAAACAAGCCAUUCUGUGGGAAACAGGGCAAAGUCCCACAAACUGCAAAAUAAUCAGUAGAUAAUCUGAUUUUUAGGGUUAUUGGCUGAGGGAUAAAUAUCAGAUAAAACAACAGAGAAUUUUGCUGCUUUUUAUUAAUAGUACUGUGGGAUCUUCUUGCAUCUGCCUGAGGCCUCAAUGUUUCAGUUAAAGCCAGCAUCUUCAACUUCCCCCAGACUGCACUGGCAUGGUAGCCUAGAUUUUUGUGACCAUGAUUUUUUGACUUGGAUGUGACUACUGCCUGAUGAACUGAGGCUUGUACAUCUGCUCAUGUACUUCCAUGCUUAAGCUAUUUAGAGACUGGUUUGGGUUGUGUGACGCUGCAGAGUUGAUGAUUAGACAAUGACGUGAAUAACUUAUUGUCCAGCAUUAAAUGUUUGUUUUCUUGCCUUGUGCCAGGGGUAGCUUGCUAGGUUCCAGUCUUGCCUCUGAUUCAAAAGAUUGAGAUUAAUUCCCAUUCCAGGAACUCGAUUGCAAAAAUGAAAGCUGACACUCCAAUGCAGUACUAAGGGAGUACUGAGCUGUCAAAGGUGCAAAAUAUUAGGCUGAAGCCCUGUCUCCCUUUCACGUGGAUGUGAAAGAUCCUGUGGCACUAAUUUGAAGGAGAGCAGGAGAGCUUUCCCCGGUGUCCUAGCUAUUACUUGUCACUCAAUCAAAUCAAUAACCAUUAUCUGGUUAUCAUCACAGUGUUCUUUGUGGGAGUUUGCUACAGUAAAUUCCUAUUUACAAUAGCGUAGAUGAAAAGUACUUCAUUGGUUUUAAAUGCUUCAAGGUGUCUCAUGAUCAUGAAUUUUACCCCCUCAAUAUCUUUUUCCUGGUGUGCACACUCAGGUCUAUGCAUGGUUAAUGACUUCUGAAACCAGAAGUCAGUGAUCGGUGUGUGUGGAGCCUCGACAUGGCUGCAAUAACUUAAAGGGAACACUGAAAAUUGCAGUAUUAGUGCAAGUCUCUUUUUCUGUAGAUGUCCAAAAUAUGUCCCAAUAAUAGCAGAUAGCAAUUCACGUGUAUUGAUACAAAAGUUGGAACACUAAAGAGGAAUGCAGUCCAGGGAGUGCCAAGGAAUGAACAAAAGAAUGAUGAAAGUGAAGACUGACUAACUUAACAUGUUACAAAUUGAUGAAUUUGCUUGCCAGAUUUUUGACAUUUUUUUUCAAAAAUUAUUUACUGGCAUUUUUGGAAAGUUCCGAAACACAGUUUAAAGUCUCCAUUCCAACAAGUUAACACUCUCAAGCUUGAUUCUAGUCUCCAUUCAUCAUCUAUCCCGUGACAUUUGUCUGCUUGAUUUUUGAGCAAAUAUUAACGUUAAAUCAUUGAAACCAGAGGACAUUUGUUAAUUUGCAGAACUGUAGAUGCCAAUGACUUUGAAACUGUGCGCUUUUCUUUCUGGACAUAUCCAAUGAAAGUUGCUGUUUUGUGUGCAUGCUUAGAAGCAAUAUACUCAGAAUUAUUACUUUUUUGUUGGUAUAUAUGGUAAGUUUUUGACAGAGAAAUGUCAUUAUUGGCAUCCUUUGAAAGUAUUGUCUCUGCUUCACAUUUGAUUAUUGAAAUCCAUGAACUCCAUGCUGACAACCUGCUGAAACAGUCUCGGAUUUCUGAGAAGUGAUUUAUUUAUUUUAAACUAUUUGUAAAGUGCUUCUUUGAAUAAAGGUGCAACUUUACCCUUAAA